CUUCCGUUUUCUCUCUCUCUCUCCGCACGCGGUACGAGCUCUUUGGGAGAGGGAAGGGCUCGAGUAGCGGCGGCGGCAAUGGCGGAGGCGGCUUCUGCGUCGGCGAGGAGGAGGCGCGCCGGGCUCGCGGCGGCGCUGCUCCUCGUCCUCGUGCUGGCCGCCGGCAGCGUGGCGCUCGGGGGCGGCACCGGCGGGCGGCUCCUCGACGGGCUCCGGCACCGGAGUACGGCCGCGGCGGCGAGGCGGUGGCUGCGGGACUCUUCAUGGCCGGCGGCGACGACGCUUAGGGACGGUGACGACGACGGGGCGAUGGCGAGGACCGUUGCCGGCGCGGUGGGCGACCCGGAAACGGUGGUCAGCCAAGUGCACAUGUCCAUCAAGAACAGCACAGCCCGGCGGAACCUCGGGUACCUGUCGUGUGGGACGGGCAACCCGAUCGACGACUGCUGGCGCUGCGACCCGGACUGGCACAACAACCGCCAGCGCCUCGCCGACUGCGGCAUCGGCUUCGGCCGCAACGCUAUUGGCGGCCGCGACGGCAAGAUCUACGUGGUCACCGAUCCCGGCGACGACGACCCCGUCAACCCGCGCGAAGGCACCCUCCGCUACGCCGUCAUCCAGGACGAGCCGCUCUGGAUCAUCUUCAAGCGCGACAUGGUCAUCACGCUCAAGCAGGAGCUCAUCAUGAACAGCUUCAAGACCAUCGACGGCCGCGGCGCCAACGUGCACAUCGCCAACGGCGCCUGCAUCACCAUCCAGUACAUCACCAACGUCAUCAUCCACGGACUGCACAUCCACGACUGCAAGCCCACAGGGAACGCCAUGGUGCGCAGCUCGCCCAGCCACUACGGGUGGCGCACCAUGGCCGACGGGGACGCCGUGUCCAUCUUUGGCUCCAGCCACAUCUGGGUGGACCACUGCUCGCUCUCCAACUGCGCCGACGGACUGGUCGAUGCCAUCAUGGGAUCCACGGCCAUCACAGUGUCCAACAACUACUUCACCCAGCACAAUGAGGUGAUGCUCCUUGGCCACAGUGACUCCUAUGUGAAGGACAAGGCGAUGCAGGUGACAAUAGCCUUCAACCAUUUCGGCGAAGGUCUCAUUCAGAGAAUGCCAAGGUGCAGGCAUGGUUACUUCCAUGUGGUGAACAAUGACUACACCCACUGGGAAAUGUAUGCUAUUGGCGGGAGCGCUGAGCCAACCAUCAACAGCCAGGGCAACCGCUACCUUGCCCCGACAAACCCCUUCGCCAAGGAGGUUACUAAGAGAGUCGAAACCGCUUCGAGUGUCUGGAAGAGCUGGAACUGGAGAUCAGAGGGUGACCUACUGCUCAAUGGCGCCUACUUCACCCCAUCUGGCGCGGGCGCCUCAGCCAGCUACUCACGCGCCUCCAGCCUCGGUGCCAAGUCAUCAUCCAUGGUUGACUCCAUCACCUCCGGCGCUGGCGCCCUGUCGUGCCGCAAAGGCGCGGCCUGCUAGCGCGCCACAGAGGAAAACAGAUCCCCCCACACCGCCUCUCCGACAACAGAAAAGAAAAAAGACAAUAGAAAACUAAGCUACCGGAACACCGCGGUUACAGCUUUUUACUUCUCUUCUCUUCCCCUUUGUUUUGGCCACUUUUGGUAAGAGUUAUCUGAUGGUCCUCCUGAUUCACCAUUGCUCAACCUCCCCCUGCUCCUGACGUGAACAUUACCUGGAGCAGGCGAGAAGCGUUGCUGAUUGGUUUGUCGCUCGGUCUCCUAUUAUUAGUCAUCUGAUCUGAGUGUGCUCGGUUGUGUCAAUGUUACUGCCCCCAAGCCCACAGCAAGUGUAUGUUGAGGUCAGGGGUGCUCUGUGCGUGUCAUACUUGGUUGUCGAAAACAGUCGGAUUGUUGGUAGCUCUACAUUUUGUGCCUGGACUGGAAUGGAGUUGCCCUGCAAAAGACAUAAGAAUGGAUAGUUAUCUUC